CGAAGAUUAACAUAGGGAAGCCCGGGAUUACAGAGGGUAUUGUUAAUGGCAUUCAUGAAAGAUGGAGGCGGUCUGAGCUUGUGAAGAUAAAAUGUAAAGAACUGUGCAUGAUGAAUAUGAAGAGAACUCAUGAUAUUCUAGAGGCAAAAACAGGAGGUUUGGUUAUUUGGAGAUCAGGAAGUACUAUAGUAUUGUACAGAGGAACUGAUUAUAAAUAUCCCUACUUCAGUGGAACAGAGACCAGCUCAUUUGGCAUAAAUGGAGGUUCUUAUCCUUUGGUAAAGGGGGUAGGCUCUCCAAAUAGAGUAAGAUAUGAACUUCCUGGUGAGGAAAAGCUUGUUAAAGAAGCUGACCAGAUGUUAGAAGGGCUUGGGCCACGUUUUACUGAUUGGUGGGGGAAUCUUCCUUUACCAAUCGAUGCUGAUCUUUUGCCAGAUAUAGUCCCUGGCUAUAAGAGACCUUUCCGCUUGCUUCCAUAUGGAGUGAAACCUAUACUAACAAAUGAUGAAAUGACAGCAUUAAAGAGACUUGCUCGGCCUCUACGCUGCCAUUUUGCUUCAAGCUGGAAUAGGAGUCUUCAAGGAUUAGCUGCUGCCAUUGUGAAGCUUUGGGAGAAAUGUGAAAUAGCGAAAAUUGCUGUAAAAAGAGGAGUACAGAACACCAACAGCAAGUUGAUGGCUGAAGAGCUGAAGCAUCUGACCGGAGGGAUCUUGCUAGCUAGGGAUAAGGAUUAUAUUACUCUGUAUAGAGGUAAGGAUUUUUUGCCUGCUGCGGUUUCCAUAGCAAUUGAAGAGCGGAGGAAACAAACAAUUAGAGGAAACCCAAAAAAUUGUGAUUCACCCGUGUCUGAUGCAAAUCAACAAGCUCAACCAAUCACUGAACCUAUUUCAAAUGAUGAGAGUAGUUGUGAAAAUCUCAACACAGCAGCCCAAGAAAAGCAGGUGCUAAUUUUGAAGGAAGAAGCUGUACAGCCAAUCAUCCAAUUUCCUUCUGAAGAAAAGAAUAAGGGUAAAAGUAAUAAGAAAGAUGUCCCACAAAAAAGGCAGCUAUAUUCAGUGGAAUCCGCUGCUAAAAGAACUUCUGACAAACUAGAAGCUACAUUACAAAAGAAAGCAAAGGCAGAAAAACUUCUAGAAGAGUUAGAUAUGGAAGAGGUAUCCAUACAGCCUAUUACAGAUAAGGAAGGUAUAACUGAAGAAGAAAGGUAUAUGCUGCGUAAGGUUGGUUUGAGAAUGAAACCCUUCUUAAUCCUAGGCAGAAGAGGAGUGUUUAGUGGAACAGUGGAAAACAUGCAUCUUCACUGGAAGUAUAGGGAGUUGGUGAAGAUCUUAGCUGGUGGGAGGAAAGGCAUUGAGGAGGUUCAACAAAUAGCAAGAACGCUGGAGAGUGAAAGUGGUGGUAUUUUAGUUGCUAUUGAGCAAAGCAGUAAGGGCUAUACCAUCAUUGUGUACCGUGGGAAGAAUUAUGAACGCCCUGCUUUCUUGAGGCCUCGGACACUUUUAAGCAAACGACAAGCAAUGAAGCGUUCUAUUGAGGCUCAACGUCGUGAGUCAUUGAAGCUCCAUGUGUUGAAGCUUAACCAGAACAUAGAAGACUUGAAGCUAAAGUUGUCAAAAGAUCGUGCAAUGAUUGAUGUCCAACUGAGAGACUUAAAAACUGAAAAACAGGAAUUGCAACAAAAUGUCUCUACCCAAUCUGAAAAUAAGGCUGAGGUUGAGUUUAAUACGAGUGUUGUGGAGAAUUGUUACACAUUGCCCACUAAGGGAAUUGAAUUACUGCCAAAUUUGAAUUCAGAAAAUGAAAGAUUUGCAAAAGAUCAGCAGGUGAUAAAUGAUGCUCAUCUCUGCUUGUCAAGUCCUGAAGAAGAAUUGCAAAGUGAUCACUCUAUGCUGUUGGAAAACAAAGAUGAAUUUUUGACUUAUACUAUUGAAUCUGAACAUGGGGACAAUGUGUCCAGCAAGGAAAUCAAAAGUGAGCCAACUUUAGAAGCAGACAAUGUAAAGUAUGAAACUGCAUCAGGUCCUCACUCUUUGAAGACAAGUUCUUCAUUCCAUGAUAGAGCUGAGAAGAGGCUAGAUUUUGACAUGAAAUCAGCAGCAUCUUUUGCUGUUAAUUCUCUUAAAACAAAGGUAGAACAUGGUCUAGAAGAAAAAGAAUCCCAAGAAGUGCCUUUUAGAGCUUCGCCCCUUUCCAACAGAGAAAGGCUUAUUCUUCGAAAACAAGCCCUUACAACAACAAAACGUCCUGUACUUGCUGUAGGCAAAGGUGAUAUAUCUACUGGCGUGGCCAAAGUGAUCAAGACACACUUUAAGAAGCAUCCUCUUGCGGUUGUGAAUGUCAAAGGUAGAGCAAUUGGGACUUCGGUGAGGGAGGUGGCAUCUGAGCUUGAGCAAGCUACAGGUGCUAUCCUUGUUUGCCAUGAAACAAACAAAGUUAUAUUGUACAGAGGUUGGGGCGCUGCGGGGAUUGAAGCGACUCGCACCACGGGUAGCGGCAAUGCUACUAGAGAGCAGCAGAAGGUUCAAAUGGCUGUGUCCCCUGAGCUUAUAUCUGCAAUCCGGUUCGAGUGUGGGCUGCAAGUAGACCACAAAGAAGAUGCCAGUUUGAAGUUAUUUAACAGCUUUGGUGGUUAAUUGGACGACGAAUGAAUAUGUUCAUUAUUGUGAGUUUGUGACUAUAGCAUGAAGUUAUUCGUAAUGAUAAUUGUGCAUAUAAUUGUUAAAAGUAUAGCUGUCUCAGCAAAUCAGCCUAUUUUCGACGCCCUGGUAAAGUUUACAAAGGAAUUGUGGUAACUAUAGUCUUUUCAGAAACUCAACAUGAAAUUAUUUCAGUAAUGUUUUGUUUUCUUAAAGACGUUUCAAUAAUGUUAUGAUCUAUAAAACCGAAGUCUCCUACUCUCCUUAUGUUAA